UUGUUUUGGCGUCAGGCGCGCGCUAUGAUGACGCCACGACGCUGACGCUCGAGGAUGGCGGCGGCGGUAGCGGCGGCGGCCGCUGUGGUCACGGCCCAGAAAUGGUCGGCAGAGCCGCCAAGACGCCGAAGAGCCCGCCGCCCGCGCGAGGUGUAGGUGGGGCACUGCCUGCAGAGCAGGUCCUGCCAGCCUUGCUGGAGAGAUGCCCACGUGUCCGUGAUGGGCUGUGGGACAAGCAAGGUCCUUCCCGAGCCACCCAAGGAUGUCCAGCUGGAUCUGGUAAAGAAGGUAGAACCCUUCAGUGGCACUAAGAGUGAUGUAUACAAGCACUUCAUCACAGAGGUGGACAGUGUUAGCCCUGUCAAAGCCGGGUUCCCAGCAGCCAGUCAGUAUGCACACCCCUGCCCCGGAGCCCCCACUACUGGCCACGCAGAACCUCCCUCAGAACCACCACGCAGGGCCAGGGUGGCUAAGUACAGAGCCAAGUUUGACCCACGUGUGACAGCUAAAUAUGACAUCAAGGCCCUGAUUGGCCGAGGCAGCUUCAGCCGAGUGGUACGCGUGGAGCACCGGGCAACCCGGCAGCCAUAUGCCAUCAAGAUGAUUGAAACUAAGUACCGGGAAGGGCGGGAGGUGUGUGAGUCAGAGCUGCGUGUGCUGCGCCGGGUGCGUCAUGCCAAUAUCAUCCAGCUGGUGGAAGUGUUUGAGACUCAGGAGCGUGUGUACAUGGUGAUGGAACUGGCCACUGGUGGAGAGCUCUUUGACCGCAUCAUUGCCAAGGGUUCCUUCACUGAGCGUGAUGCCACACGGGUGCUGCAGAUGGUGCUGGAUGGUGUCCGGUAUCUGCAUGCACUGGGCAUCACACACCGAGACCUCAAGCCUGAGAAUUUGCUGUACUACCACCCAGGCACUGACUCCAAGAUCAUUAUCACCGACUUUGGCCUGGCUAGUGCCCGGAAGAAGGGUGAUGACUGCCUGAUGAAGACCACCUGUGGCACACCCGAGUACAUUGCCCCUGAGGUCCUGGUCCGCAAACCCUAUACCAACUCCGUGGACAUGUGGGCGAUGGGUGUCAUUGCCUACAUCCUUCUCAGUGGCACCAUGCCCUUUGAGGACGACAACCGAACCCGGCUAUACCGGCAGAUCCUCAGGGGCAAGUACAGUUACUCGGGAGAGCCCUGGCCUAGUGUGUCCAAUCUGGCCAAGGACUUCAUUGAUCGCCUGCUGACAGUGGACCCUGGAGCCCGUAUGACUGCACUACAGGCCCUGAGGCACCCGUGGGUGGUAAGCAUGGCAGCCUCUUCAUCCAUGAAGAACCUGCACCGCUCCAUCUCCCAGAACCUCCUCAAACGCGCCUCUUCACGCUGUCAGAGCACCAAAUCUGCCCAGUCCACACGUUCUAGCCGCUCCACACGCUCCAACAAGUCACGCCGUGUGCGGGAGCGGGAACUACGGGAGCUCAACCUGCGCUACCAGCAGCAGUACAAUGGCUGAGCCACCUGGCUGAGGUACAGAUGUGGUGUGGUCUCAGCCUGACCAUACGUUGCUGUGCCAUUUGGGCCCCAUACCCUCUCUGGAGCUAGGCCUGCAGGGCCAGUGGUAGGUGAAGAAUGUCUGGCCACAGCCCCUACUCUGUGCCUUCAGUAGCCCCCAUCCUCACUAUGGGCCUGGGCCAGGUGCAACAGAAUGGAGGUAGCCCAGGGGGCUAUGACACCUCCCCCAAAUUAGGAGCCUGACCUGGCACUGAUACCCCUUUUGGUGGGUAGCUGCUCUGGCAUGAGUUGGGGAAAAAAGCAGGACUUCACUGUCUUCCUUACCCUUUGACUCUUCCUAUUCCAAAGGAGCCUGCAGUGCUCAAUUGAAGGUGUCCUAUGGCCUCAGGACCCUUUGGAACAGUUACUUCUGGAACCCCC